CUUACUCAUUUUUCCAGCAGUCAGUUGUCAAAAACAGUUGAUCUUUAUUCUAAUCUUGAACAAUUGAAAAAGAUCUUUAAACUAAGUGAUCAAUAACAUAAAUUAGUCUAUAAAUGACAUCGCUCAAUUUACGAGUUCUUUCUACAGCUUCGGCGUUGGCUCCUCAUAUAAAGCAAAAUAUGAUGCGAUCUUUGAUUCAUGCUCGUUUUUCUGUGAUACCCGGUCAAAGUUAUUUGAGACACUUUUCCCACGAAGAAGCCCCAAAAAAGGAAGAAGAAACUUCUGAGCCUGAGAAAAAGUUGACAAUCGAAAUUGAAAGUCUGAAGAAGGAUGUAGAAUUACUUAACGAAAAGAAUUCUGAACUUAGCGAUAAAUACAAGCGAGCACUUGCUGAUGGUGAAAAUUUGCGACGCCGUUUAACAAAGCAGAUUGAAGACGCUAAACUUUUCGGCAUUCAGGGUUUCUGCAAAGAUCUUCUGGAAGUUGCAGAUAUCUUAGGUCAUGCAACUGAAGCAGUUCCUAAAGAAGAGAUUUCAGAUAAAAAUCCUCACUUGAAGAAUCUGUAUGAAGGUCUUACAAUGACAAAAGCUCAACUCAAUCAGGUUUUCAAACGCCAUGGUUUAGAACAAGUUAAUCCAUUGAAUGAAAAGUUCAACCCGAACCUUCAUGAAGCGUUGUUCCAACAGGAGGUGCAAAAUGUCGAUCCCAAUACCGUUGUUGUUGUAAGUAAAAUUGGAUACAAAUUACAUGAUCGCUGCAUAAGACCAGCACUUGUAGGCGUAUCAAAGGGAUAAUUUCGAAGUAGAUUUUACUGGUGAAACACAAUUCCAAUGCAACUCUCACGAGGCUUCAGAGAAUGCUGGUGUGAGUAAACAUUUUUUCUAUGACCUGAUAAAACAAUAUGAUGUCAAGAGCCAUGUGAUAGAAUAAAUGAAUAAUUAGACAAGA